UCGGGCGUGAAAUGCGAACAUGCCCCCAAGUGUUCAUUCAUAGUGUAUAGUGAAUGUUGUGUGUAAAUUAUUAAAUCGGUAAAGUACACAUAUAAAUACGAUCGCUGACUUCGUUAAUUUAUAUACGUGUUCAUCGAAUAUGGAGGAAAAUGUUAUAAGAAACAAAUAGACCGGCAGACUAAACCAAUACUAUUAUUAAAAAAAAUUAAAAAGUAAAACCGCGAAAACCAAACGCGAACGAAUCGAACUUCACUCAAUCAUAAAUGUUGCCAUCGGAAAAAUAACAUAUUAACCCCGACGCUGCGAAAAAACGACAACGAACAAGGACAGAGCUAUACGCGCGAGCGGGAUAGCUAGCUGCGUCCCGAAAUAGUGCAUUCGGAAAUAGAAAAAAAAAAUGCUCAGCUCGCAGUCAGCGUCCGAAAGUGAGGCGUCAGAGUCGCGCGCUUCCUCAUGGAAACCAUGGACAGCUAUGGCAGACCUAGCUGAAGCAGUCGACGACCUCAUCUGCAGUUUCGACUACAUGGACACAGCUAUGGACAACCUGGUCAUGUUGGUGUUCAUUUGGAUGGUGCUGUCCAUAGCGAUCAUCGCGAUCGCCAAAUGGGCGUACGGGAGGUUCGCUAAAAAGACGACGGACGCUGAUAAACCAAAAAUCGAUGAGACGAAGAAAACAACGAACGAAAUAGUAUCCAGUGCUGAUAGUGUGCUCGCUACCAGUGCUAAAGUUAAGAGUGCCUCAUUCAAGCCGACUAAAGCGACGGGCUUCGUGCCCGCCACUCCACCGAACAAGAAGAGGUUGGGGCGCAUGUCCCCGGGACCAGAGCAGUUGACCGUCAAAAAGCAUCAGUCAGUGUCUGUGCCCACAUGCACGGGCGGAGAUCAGCCGAGCGUGCAAUGGGUGAACGAUGUACUGACGUGGCUCUACAACGAUCUAGUUAUCGUCAACGAACUCGUGCAGCAAUGGAUCUCGUCCAUGAACGAGUUCUCGAAGAAAUCCGUCGAGGAGGAGGAAAAUGUUAUAAGAAACAAAUAGACCGGCAGACUAAACCAAUACUAUUAUUUAAAAAAAUAAAAAAGUAAAACCGCGAAAACCAAACGCGAACGAAUCGAACUU